AUGCCUUAUAUUUCUCAAAUAAGAGAUUUAAUAAUUAGGGAAAAAUCUAAACCAAUAAACAAGUUGAAUGAAUUUUACUUGAGUGAUUCAUAAGGCAUAUGCAGAAGAGAUAUUCUCGUUUAAUGGAUUGUGGCAUAAUCUUCUCAAUUCAGACAUUCUCUAAAAACCAUCGAACUUGCAGUCAUAUACAUUGAUACUUAUCUUAAUUGUUUUAAUAUAACCUAAUAAUAUCUAUAGUUAUUGGGAAUUUCAGCCUAUUCUUUAGCAUCUAAAUUUAAUGAAACAGAAAUGGUGUCGUAGAUUAAACUGUACGAUUCUGAUGGUUAGAAUCUGUAUUAGAAUGGAGAGUAUGAUGAAAUGGAGGAGUAAAUAAUUAAAGUUAUGGGGUUUCAGCUAAAUUACAUUACUUCAUCAGAUUAUUUAAUGGCAAUGAAUAUAGAAAUAAAUGAAAAUAUCUAAAGUUUAUUACUGUUCAUUCUCCUAGAUGUUGACAUUUACAAACAUUCUCACAUCGAACUUGCUUUAGCCAUAGUUGCUUAUAGCCAAGAAAAGAAAAUCUAAUUUACAAAUAAAAUUCUUCAGCUAUCCUAAUUCAUACAUAAUAAAAUACUACAAGCUUAAGAAAUUGAAAUAGAUAAAGAAUAAAAACAAGAUUCUGAAAGUAAAAUACGAAAUAAACAAAUAAACAAAAAGAUUACUAAAAACAAAGGCAUGAAUCACUAGAAAGCUCCAAAACAAUCAGUUUGAAGUUCUAGAAGAUUAAUUUCGUUUCAAUUGAUCAAAGGAUCUAAAUAAUGAACAAAAAUUAUGUUUUUGUUAUUAUUUAAACAACUUUAAA